AACCCAUUUGAUAUUUACUGGUAUAAACCUCUGUUUGAUUCUUAUAUAAAUAGGGCAUAGAAGAGCAUGAAACAGUACCAAAUUAUUAACAUCUCUACUACUCUCUUUUUAUCUUUGCUUCUGCUUUUCUCUUCUUCUACAAAGCAUGAUGGGGAUAGAAAAAGGCCUUUCAGCAGCCAUGAAUGCAAGAAUUAUUGGUUCUGGUAAUGAAGCCAUAGUUCUAGCACAUGGAUAUGGAGCUGACCAGUCUUUCUGGGAUAAGAUCACACCCUCCUUAGCUCGAACCUACAGGGUUCUAGUCUUUGACUGGAACUUUUCUGGCGCUGUAAAGGUUCCGAACCUCUAUGAUUCGGCCAAGUAUUCUUCGUAUGAUGCUUUCGCUGAUGACUUGAUCGCUCUCCUCGAUGAGUUCAACUUGCGGGCAUCAGUUUUUAUGGGCCACUCUAUGUCCGGUAUGAUUGGAUGCAUUGCUUCCAUUAAGAGACCUGAGCUCUUCAAGCGGCUCAUACUCAUUGGAUCUUCUCCCAGGUACUUUAAUGACGACAACUAUGAAGGGGGCUUUGAGAGCUCAGUGAUUGAGCAGAUGUUCUCAAACAUGGAAUCCAACUUUGACGAAUGGGCUUCAUACUUUGCUUCUCUUGUUGCGAAUGCGAAAAACCCUCUCUCAGUGGAGAAGUAUGAGAAGUCCUUGAGAGCAAUGAGGCCCGAAGUCGCGCUCUCCGUGGCCAAAACAGUGUUUCACUGCGACGAAGGUGGCAUUCUUGACAAGGUCAUGACCCCAUGCACUAUAAUCCAAACCACUAAUGAUGCUGCUGUCCCAAACUCUGUGGCCGAGUAUAUGCAGAAGAAGAUCAAGGGGGAAACCACAGUGCAGAAGAUAGACAUGGAUGGUCAUUUCCCGCAUCUAGAUGCACACCUUCAGUUCCUUAAUGUGCUAGGUAGUGUCUUGGGUUUCAAUACUCAUUUGGAGUCGUCAAGCAAUUAGCCACAAAUUUCCACUUUUUCUAUCUCCAUAGAUAUAUCUCUCUUUCAGGUAGCCUAUAAGAGAAUAUGGUCAGAAAUUAAUGCCCAUUUGCAGUACAUGUGUUUCCAAGGCUUGGUGGGCUAGCUAGAGAUUGGAAUUGGUAUAAGUUUAGUGUUUUAUUUUGACUUGUUCUUGAAGUCAUUGUCUCUGUUGUGUGAAAGGAGUGGUCUGGAUUGCAUGUUUAAUUUGUGUUGUUGCUUCAAAUGUGAAAGUUGUGCGCAGAACUCAGCUUCGGAUGCAGACUAGAUACUACCUUGUACUCCAAACAUUCCAUUGUAACCUUCCAUUACUUAAAAACAUUAAUUUCAUUUACCUUC